CAACCAGCUCCGCCUGCAGCUCCAGCAGCGCCUGCAGGGCCAGCAACAGCUGAUCCAUCAGAACCGUCAGGCGCUCCUCAACCAGUUCGGAUCUCCCGUGGGGAUCAACAUGAGGCCGGGGAUGCAGCAGCAGCAGCAGCAGCAGCAGCAGCUGGCGCCGCAGCCCCCGCUGAACGCUCAGAUGUUGGCGCAGCGUCAACGCGAGCUCUACAGCCAACAGCACCGGCAGCGGCAGCUGAUGCAGCAACGCGCCCUCCUCAUGCGCCAGCAGAAUUUCGGGAAUUCCGCCGCCGGAAUUGCCAUGGGAAACGCCAGGUUGGCUCAAGGCCCGCCCCAGCAGUUCCCGUAUCCCCCCGGUUACGGUACGAGCGCCGGGAACGGCGGCGGAUCCGGCUUUUGCGGAGAGGCGGCGGCGCUGGGGAAUCGCGGAUCGCUGGGGAGUCGCGGGAUGAUGGGAGCGCAGUUCGGAGCCGGAGCCGGGAUGGGCCCGGCGGGGAUCCAGCAGAGUUUGUUUCAAUAUUCGGGAUCAGGGAUGGCGCAGCAGAGCGACGGCGCCUUCGCGCCCGCCCUGAGCCCCGGCAGCCCCCUGAUGUCACCGCAGCUGCCGCCGGCGCCGCCCGCGCCCGGAUACCAAUCGCCGGAAGUGAAAUCGUGGAAUAACGGGGUGUUCGGGCAGGCUCCGGCGGCUCCGGCGGCUCCGGCGGGGAUGUACAACAACAUGAGCAUCACCGUGUCCAUGGGCGGCUCCGGCGGCUCCGGCGCCGUUCCCGGCAUGGCAGCCAUGGCCGGCGGAAUUCCCAUGAAUUCCAUGAUUCCCGGGAUGAAUUCCAUGUGCUCCGAGCAGGUCCCGGACGCGGCGCUGAGACCUCCAGGGCUCUUCUGUAACCAGCUGGGCUCCGGGGAGCUGCUCAAGGCCGAGCCCGACGGCGCCCAGGUUCAGCAGGUCCAGGUGUUCGCCGACGUCCAGUGCACGGUGAAUUUGGUGGGAGAUCCCUACCUCAACCCGCCGGCUCCGUUGGCCAAUCCCAAAAAUCCCGCUCCGCCGCCGCCGCCGCCGCCGGGACAAGGGAAGAGCCUCCUGCAGCAGCUGCUGACGGAAUAAAACCCCCGGGAAAACGUCAGGAAUUCCCCCAAAAAAAUGAAAAUAAAAUAUAAAUAAAUUUACGAAACUCGGGAAGAUGGACACGAAA